UUGUUUCUUUCUUGGGGUCUUUUUCUUCGACGUUCACUACUUUGCUAGAACCAGACACCAUUUUCAUGGCGAUGUCGACGGUGAUGUUCCGGUCAAGAACCAUUGCCCAUCAUCUGAGCAAAAAGAUGGGUUUAUUGGGAGUUUCCGGCAAGGAUUAUUGGACUUCUUCUUUCAUUCAAAAUGCUACUUCUUCGCCGAUGCCUGUUGGUAACAACUAUGGGAGACCGUCUGCGUUUUUUCCUCUCCCACGUUUCAAAUCCACCGAAGCUGAAAGAGAGUUCGACUCGCAGUCGCAGUACAUUAACGAGGUUGACGAUGAUCAUCAGGCCCUUACAUACAGAGUAGGACACCACUCCACAUCUGAUGAUUCCACCAAGUAUCGGCCAUUGAAGGAAAUCGAACACUGGAAAGUGGCACGAAACCCUGUAAAUAGAUAUAGAAAAUGGGUAGAAAGGAACGGCUGGUGGAGUGACACAGAUGAAUCUGAGCUUCGAAGCAGCGUCAGAAAGCUGGUACUGCAAGCAAUUCAAAAUGCAGAGAAGACAGAAAAACCUCCACUUGCAGACUUGUUCUCUGAUGUCUAUGAUCAUCCACCGUCAAAUCUUCAAGAGCAAGAGAAACUACUAAGAGAAAACAUCAAGAGACAUCCCCAGGACUACCCAUCUGAUGUUCCUGUUUAGAAAAAUCUUAGCUAAAUUAAGGACAUGACAAACACUCAAUUUACUAAAUGUAAAAUUUCAAAAUAGUUCCAAGAACUCCAACAACAACAUUCCUCCA